AUGGACGAGCGGCUGCUGGGGCCGCCCCCUCCAGGUGGGGGCCGGGGGGGCCUGGGAUUGGUGGGUGGGGAGCCUGGGGGCCCUGGCGAGCCUCCCGGUGGCGGAGACCCCGGUGGGGGUAGCGGGGGGGUCCCGGGAGGCCGAGGGAAGCAAGACAUCGGGGACAUUCUGCAGCAGAUAAUGACCAUCACCGACCAGAGCCUGGACGAGGCCCAGGCCAAGAAACACGCCCUCAACUGCCACCGCAUGAAGCCUGCUCUCUUUAGUGUCCUGUGUGAAAUCAAGGAGAAAACCGGCCUUAGCAUUCGAAGCUCCCAAGAGGAGGAGCCGGUGGACCCACAGCUGAUGCGCCUGGACAACAUGCUUCUGGCAGAGGGUGUGGCUGGGCCUGAGAAAGGAGGGGGCUCAGCAGCAGCAGCUGCGGCCGCAGCAGCCUCCGGGGGCGGCGUGUCCCCUGACAACUCCAUCGAACACUCGGACUAUCGCAGCAAACUUGCUCAGAUCCGCCACAUCUACCACUCAGAGCUGGAGAAAUAUGAGCAGGCGUGUAACGAGUUCACAACCCAUGUCAUGAACCUGCUGAGGGAACAGAGCCGCACACGGCCUGUGGCACCCAAGGAGAUGGAGCGCAUGGUGAGCAUCAUCCAUCGGAAGUUCAGCGCCAUCCAGAUGCAGCUCAAGCAGAGCACCUGUGAGGCUGUCAUGAUCCUGCGUUCCCGCUUCUUGGAUGCCAGACGAAAACGCCGCAACUUCAGCAAACAGGCCACUGAGGUCCUCAAUGAGUAUUUCUACUCGCAUCUGAGUAACCCAUAUCCUAGUGAGGAGGCUAAGGAGGAGCUUGCCAAGAAGUGCGGAAUCACUGUCUCUCAGGUCUCCAACUGGUUUGGCAACAAGCGGAUUCGGUAUAAGAAAAAUAUUGGAAAGUUCCAAGAGGAAGCAAACAUCUAUGCUGUCAAGACCGCCGUGUCAGUCACCCAGGGGGGCCACAGCCGCACCAGCUCCCCGACACCCCCUUCGUCUGCAGGCUCUGGCGGCUCUUUCAAUCUCUCAGGAUCCGGAGACAUGUUUCUGGCGAUGCCCGGGCUCAACGGAGAUUCCUACUCUGCUUCCCAGGUGGAAUCACUCCGACACUCAAUGGGGCCAGGGGGCUACGGGGAUAACCUUGGGGGAGGCCAGAUGUACAGCCCUCGGGAAAUGAGGGCAAACGGUGGCUGGCAGGAGGCUGUAACCCCAUCCUCAGUGACGUCCCCGACAGAGGGACCAGGGAGCGUUCACUCUGACACUUCCAACUGAUCUUGCCCCUCAGGGCCACAGGGGUGGGGGCUCACAAGGCGACUCUUGAAGAGGACACAGGCAUCCAGAGGACAAACCCCAGACACAGGAGAAGCACAAGACAGAGAAGGGCAAAUGGGGUCAUCCCUUCCCCAACCAGACUCUCUCAGUGCUGGGGGUGCUGACUACGUGGCAGGGAGAAUGGGCUCCCCUAAGGGGAGAGUGGGGUCUGUCUCCCUUUUUAACUUUUUUUUCAGUCUUUCUCUUCCUUUCUGUCACAAAACCCAGAAUCCUAUUGUUCAGAUCCCUUUCCCUCUGCUGUCUUUCCAUCCCCCUCCACCCCGUACUAUAUUCCAUUUCUCUUUUCUCUGGGCUCCCCCACCCCACUUAUCUGCUCUGGGAUCUGUGGAGAAGCCAGCCCUGCCCAACCAGAGAUGCCAAAACUGGGGACACACCUUCUGGACAGAGGACAUGGGCCAUGAACCCUGUGCCUCCCCACCCCCUCCCCCUCCAGAUGGCUUUAUUACCUCAUACGCAGCUCAUCUUAAACCAAUAGAAUCGCUCGGUGGA